AUGGCGGACACAACUCCUAAACCUGAUGCCAUUCCCGGAGGUGGACAGUAUCAGCCUCCAAAACCUCCGCCCAAGCAGAAUCCAGUCUUCCGCAUGAUGGGCAAGUUACUGCCCUCGCGAAACUGGAUGAUCUUUCUAACCAUCACCGGUUCUUGGACUGCCGCUGUCGUCUAUGACCGUCGCGAACGAAAAAAGGUCCAAAAGAAAUGGUGUGACCUGGUCUCUCACAUUGCCCAACAACCUCUCGAUGUAAAACAAAUGCCCAGGAGGUUGACAGUUUUCCUAUCAGCUCCUCCAGGUGACGGGAUUCGCCCCUCCAGGGAAUUCUUCAAGGAGUACGUCAAGCCAGUUCUUGUCGCGGCCGCUUUGGAUUACGAUGUGAUAGAGGGUCGCAAAGAGGGAGACGUAAGAUAUGGCACCGCAGAGCAAAUCAGGAGACUAAGAAGGAGGAAAGGGGAGAAAGGCCUUGAAGACUCUACCGAGGAGGAGCAGCCUGACACAGAGACGGUCAUUCAAAACAUUCGAGAUGCAGUGGGCAUCAACUUCGAGCCUGGUCUAAGAGGUGAUCUUGUCCUUGGUCGACAUACGUGGAAAGAAUAUAUCCGCGGGUUGAACGAAGGCUGGCUCGGCCCCAUUGCGGAGCCUCCGCCAGCACCUGAACCUUUCUCCGAGCCCUCACUCAUCCACCCUACUACAGAGGCUCAAACAGAUGGCCCUACUGCAACCACGGAAGUGCCGCCCGAGCCCGAAAAGAAAGAGGAAGAGAAAAAGGAACAGAAGAAGAAGCCAUCACCACCUCCAGCAUAUCUCUCCAUUGACCAGUAUUCUUCCUCACCUCUAUCUCCGCAUAUACCUACACAGUUGGAACCCUCACAACCCAUUCACCAGCAACAUCUCCUCGGAUUCCUCAAAACACCCCAACGGAUAUACAACUUCCUCAAUCGCCGGCAUUUAGCCGAUCAAAUUGGUCGAGAGACUGCAGCCAUCGUCCUAGCAGCCAGCAGACCAUAUGAACAGAACUCCAGCUUUGCCACUCCUGCCACCGAUCUGGAAGCCGACCCAUUGGCGACGAGGGCACCUGAGAAUGAUGCCGAUGCCGGUAUCGUGCAGACCGGCCAGACGUGGGAACAGCAAUCCGUCCUCGCGAAUGAAGAGCGAACUUGGCACAAAUCAAUCCGAAAGCCCAGACCUGAAGGCGACACAUCCGAACCGAUCUGGUUGAACGACAUUGUCAUCGAUAGUCGAAUCGGUGAACGAAUGAGACGAUUCGCUCUUGAUCCCGAGGAGGAAGCACGAGCGAACAGGAUCGCAAGUGGUGUAGAGAAAACCCGCGCCGUGCCCAUACAAAACCUGAGAGCCGAAAAGGUGGUUAUUGGGAAUCUCGAUGAUGAAAAUCUGUGA